UUCUUCUAUCGUGUUCGUAAAGUACGUUCCACAUUAUUAAACCGGCGUUAGUAUUUUUCUUCGUGCGAGCAUCUAUAUCGUGAAAAAGUUUAUAUUAAGCAAAUAUAUUUCGCAUGAUAUAUUUUAUUUAUUUCACAUAUUAAUUUAAGUAUAUAAAAGAUACAAUAUGGUACGAGGUGGACGCGGCGGAAUGCUCAGAGGUGGAAGAGGAGGUAUGGGUCGUGGAAUGGGAUUUCCAAGGAAACAAUUUUUACCACGACAUCCAUUUGACUAUACGUUAUGCGAAGCUGCAUUUCCUCGUGUCAAAACUGCUCCAGACGAAUCCGACCUUCAAUCUGCUCUUUUAAAAAAAAAUGCAGAUAUGUGUCCAACUCCGAAGGAACAAACAUCUAUCUUGAAUUUAGUAACAAAAUUGCAAAGCGUUUUGGAUAAUUUGAUUGUUGCGCCAGGAACUUUCGAAGCUUGUCAAUUAGAAGAAGUGAGACAAGUCGGUAGUUUUAAAAAAGGAACAAUGAUCAAAGGUCAUAAUAUUGCUGAUAUUGUUGUUAUUCUUAAAACGCUACCAACUAAAACAGCAGUAGAAGCGCUCGGAACGAAAGUCAAUAACGAUCUUAAAACCGGAAAUCCCAAGGAAGUGUUCAGACUUGUACAAACAGAACGUGGUUUCGAUAUUGCUAAUAACGAGGCUACCGUAAGGGUAUUAAUCACAACGUUACACCAAAAUUUACGUAAAUUGGAAUCGGACCAACAUUUAGAUGUACAGAUCUGUCAAGGACACUUGGCAGCAAUCCGACAUUCUCGUUGGUUCGAAGAGAAUGCUCAUCAUUCUAGUAUCAAGGUUCUGAUUAGGUUACUGAGAGAUCUUCGAAGUAGGUUUGAAGGUUUAGAGCCAUUGUCACCUUGGAUGCUCGAUUUACUCGCACAUAAUGCAAUAAUGAACAAUCCAAGUCGACAGGCGUUGCCAAUAAAUCAAGCUUACAAAAGGGUACUUCAAUUACUUGCUUCUGGAUUAUUCCUUCCAGGAUCUGCUGGUAUAUCUGAUCCUUGCGAAGGUGGUAACAUUCGCGUUCACACAGCCAUGACCUUAGAGCAACAGGAUCUAGUGUGUUUGACCGCACAAACACUAUUGCGUGUUCUAGCUCACGGAGGUUAUAGACCACUUCUAGAAGGUACAAAUAAACUAGCCGUUGAAAUGAGUGUAUGGGCUGGUGGUGUUGUUGCUAGUCCAUUAGAUAAAGCAUAUGAGCCUCCUACAGAACAGGAGCAACAAGAAGACAUGGAGGAAAGUAACGAAGAAAUGAUAACAGAAAAUGUAUAACUUGAAUAAUUCAUAAAUUUAAUUGUAACGCGUAAGAAAGAUUUUCAUAAUUCUUCGUCACGAAAGUUUAUUCAUAUAACGCAUUAUACAUUAUAAAAAGUA